AUGAGUUGCUGGGCGCCGUUGGCGCGGCUGGGGGCGUGCGCGCCGAGCAACGGCAUUGUGGCGUGUCUGAACGCGUGCGACGGGCCCACCAUCGACUGCUACGACUCCUGCUACGCCGACUCCGGCUGGCUCCCACCGCUCUCCACCGCUGAGCUCAUCGCGUUCCCCAUCUCCGCGUGCUGCCUGCUGGGCAUGUCGCUCGUGAUCUCCUGCAUGAUGUCGUCUACCCUCGGGCUUGACAUGGCCACGUUGCAGGUAACCCCCGCUACUGGUAACCAGACCCCUCCCCUUCCCCCCCCCCCCAACCCCACAAACAACCCCCCCCUCGCCCUCCCCCCCUCCCCACCUUUUGGAGCAGGCGGCAAUGGAUGGCGUGGACGAGCGGCUGGGGCGGCAAUGGAUGGCGUGGACGAGCGGCUGAGGUGGCAGGCUGCCAAGGUGGCAGCGCUGCGCACACGUGGCAGCCUGCUGCUCACCACGCUAUUGGUCGCCAGCACCAGUGUCAACGUCAGCUUCACGCUCUUUGUCUCAGGUGGGUGGGGUCAGGUGGCGUCAGGUGGGACGCUGGUGGGGUCAGAUGGGUCUCAGGUGGGCUCAGGUGGGCUCAGGUCGGGUCAGGUCGGGUCAGGUGGGUUCAGGUGGGGUCAUCCUCCUCUUCACAUGCAUCUCACCCCGGUCCACUGCUCCCCACCCCUCCCUACCACACUCCUCCCCUGCUCCACUCUCCACCCUCUGCGUGCUGCUCAUCCUGCUCGUCGUGGAGACCAGCUAUUUCAUCCCUCCCACCCUCUUCCACCGCUCUCCACCCCACUACUCCCUCCCAUCCCCUGCUCCAUCCUGUUGUUCCUCCCAGGUGUGUUGGGCAUGGUGAUGGGAUUCGUCCUCUGCGUGCUCCUCAUCCUCCUCUUUGUGGGAAUCGCUCCUCUCAUUCAUUUCACCCCACUUCACCCCUCCCUACUCCUCUCCACCCAACCCUUCCCGUUCCUCCCAGGUGUGUUGGGCAUGGUGAUGGGAUUCGUCCUCUGCGUGCUCCUCAUCCUCCUCUUCGUCGAAAUCGCUCCCCCCGCCAUCUGUGCGCGCCACUCCCUGCGCAUCGCCUCCGCCACCGCGUGGCUCGCCCGCCUGCUGCUGCUGCUGCUCUCUCCAGUGGCUUACCCGGUCAGCCUGCUGCUGGACCGGUACUUGAACAAUCAAGAAGAUGAGGAAGAGAGCAGCUUGCGACGCGGGCUCCUGUGCGGCACGGCGGGGUCAGCGGGCUCCUCCCCUCGCAUCUACAUCACUAACCCCCUCGCCAACCCGCCCUCCCUCGAAUUCCCCGACACCACUGCUUCUGCCCUCGACACUGGGAGUCUGGCCAGUAUAAUUCGAGUCGCUCCAAGCCCAUCAGUGGCGGCACCGACUCUCCCCUCACUUCCACCUCUCUCCUUCUCCCCUCGCAUCUUCCUUACCCACCACCCAUCCUCCAGGUCCGGCCCGUACGAUUCAAGUCGCUCCAAGCCUGUCAGUGGCGGCAGCGACUCGCCCCUGCGACGCCGCAUCGAGCAGGCAGCUGAUCGGGCUGCUGCUGCUGCUGGUGCCGGUCCCUCCACGCCUGCUGGUGCCAGCACUGGUGGGGGGGAGAGGGGGAGGAAAACGGAGAGCGGUGCAGUAGGAGAGAGCGGGGAGGAGGUGGUGAUGGCGCUGCCUGUGGGGGAGAGUCAGGAGUAUACGAGUGUGGAGGUCGGGGAGGAAGGGGAGGGGUACAGCACUCGGGAGGAGGAGAGUAGUGAGAAGGUGGGGAGGGGUGGGAGGGAGUGGAGAGGAGGGAGUGGGAGAGGAGGAGGGGAGGAGACGGCGGAGGAGUCGGAUGAAGUGCCGAUGGCACUGCCAACGUCUUCUGAUGAUGUUGAUACGGAGUCAGACGACCAGAGGAGGAACCUUGGACGGUCGACUCGAACAACGGCAGAGGAGUCGGACGAAGUGCCGAUGGCGCUGCCAACAUCUGAUGAUGUUGAUGUUGAUACGGAGUCAGAUGACCAGAGGAGGGAGGAAACCUUGGACGGGUGA